AAAUAUUUAUCAUCGUUAACACUUUAACCUUUCAGAUUUAAUAUACGCAUUCAGAUUUAUUAUAUUUUUACAGUGCACUUCUUUUAAAAUGACGGUAGUACUUGGUGGUGGUAUAUCAGGCUUAUCAGCCGCAUAUUAUGCACUAAACAAUCCUAAAAUUGGUCCAAUAACAGUGCUAGAAGCAUCUAAUCGUUUAGGUGGAUGGAUAAGAAGUUAUGAAUUAUCAAAUGGAAUAAUAUUUGAAAAAGGACCAAGAACUAUAAGAUGUCUAGGAUCAGCUGGAAAAAAUACAUUAAAUUUAUUGGAGGAUUUGCAAUUAACUAAUAAACUUAUUCCUAUUAAAUCAGAUCAUCCUAGUGCUAAGAAUAGAAUGAUUUAUUCGCGUAAUAAAUUACAUUUAUUACCAAAUUCUUUCCUUAGUAUAUUUAAAACUAAUUCUUUAUUAAAUCGUUCUUUAGCAAGUUUUCUUAUAAAAGAUUUGAUAGCACCAAUGGUACGUAAGGAUGAUGAAAGUAUACAUAGUUUUAUUACAAGAAGAAUAGGAAAAGAUAUUGCUGAUUAUCUUGUUAGUCCUAUGAUUUGCGGAAUUUGUGCUGGCGAUGCACAGAAGAUAAGUGUAAACUUUCUAAUGAAAUCUUUGUUUGAAGCAGAACAAAAACAUGGAUCUAUAAUAAAAGGAUUAUUCAAAGAAUUAUUUAAAAUGCAAAAUGUUAAUAAUAUGACAGAAUAUAAAUCGAACUUAGUUAAAAAAGCUGACGUAGAAAAAUGGGUAGUAUGGGGUUUAAAAGGAGGACUCGAAGAAUUACCACGUUCCUUAGGAAAUAAUUUACAAACUCAAGGUGUUGAUAUACAAUUAAAUAGUCACUGUGAAAAACUAUUUUUUCAAUCCGAUCAUGUUGAAUUAACUAUUAAUGGAAAGGCAAAAAAAUAUUCUCACGUUAUCUCAAGUCUACCAGCAAAAAUUCUGGCAAAAUUAUUGGAAGAACAAUAUCCUGAUUUAGCAGAACAAUUAAAAGCAAUACCUAUGGUUACAGUGGCCGUAGUUAAUCUACAAUUUGCCGAUAAUGUCUUGCCUAUCAAUGCAUUUGGUUUUCUUGUUCCACCAGGAGAAAAUCUUCCAAUUCUUGGCGUGAUCUUUGAUUCGUGUAUUUUUCCUAAAAACUCUUCGACGGUACUAACAGUAAUGAUGGGUGGUGCAUGGUUUGAAAAAUACUUUGGCAAAGAUCCAUCAGAAGAAGAUUUGUUGAAUAUAGCAAUUAAACAAGUUAAAGAAAUCCUGAAUAUUAAAAAAGAGCCCAUAGCCUUUAAUGUGGCCAUUCUGAAAGACUGUAUUCCCCAACAUGUAGUGGGUCACGCACAACGUUUAAAUCAUAUCCGUGAUUAUAUUUCUUCACGUAGAAUCCCUCUAGCAUUGUGUGGUUCUUCUUACCAAGGUGUGGGAAUCAAUGACGUUAUUCUGUCAGCAAAAGAAGCUGUUUCUAAGAUUGUGAAACAUUCAAAUGAACUAAAAAACUGAAAUGAAACUACAACAAUUUUGUACAGCAUUUUGUAGCCACUAAUCACGAUGUUAUUAAUGUUAUAGAAAAAAAAACAGAACUUGAUAUAUAAAAAACAUGCAUUAUUUUUUAAGCUAAUUUCAAAAAAGCUUAUAAAAAAGAUUUAGCUGUGUAACAAAGAAUGAAAAAUAGGGAAACUAUUAUAUAAUAAUAUUAUAAAUAAUAAAUAAAUAAAAAUACAUCUCUAAUCAAAUGAAUAAUCAAUAAAAAUUGCAAAUAAUUUAUUAUAGCAAUUAACAACAAUGCCUUAUACUUCAUGUACAUGUGUGUUUCUUACGUAUACACUACUUAAUAAAAUAAAAUGUAAAAACAUAAAAUAUUUAUAUGUUAAUAAGAAAUUGUUCAAUGAAGAUUUAACUUGAUCAUUUAGAAAAAAAAAAAAAUAUAUAUAUAUAAAAAUUGAAAAGCAUAAUAUAUACCAAUUGUAUUAGGUAAUAAUAAUUUAAUAUUCUUUACGUUUUAGUUCUAUUCUCUUGAAUAAUAGUUAAACAAUGUCCAGUCUUUGCAUGUACAUGGAAUGUAAACAUAAAAAGUAUGGACAUGCUUAAGGCAUGCAAAGUAAGGCAUGCAGAUAUUAAAAGAUAACAUAUUUGUAUUGUAAAUUACUACAUAAUGUACUAUAUAUCAGAUAUUUUUUAAUGUAAACUUUUGUCUUUUUAAAGAAAUAAUUUAUAAAGAAUAAACAAAUUAAAAAAAAAAAUAAAUAAAUAAUAAAAGAAAUAAUAACUCUACAUUCUUAAGCUCAGUACAAAUAAUGCAAU